CACCAACCCGAGGAAGACACGAACUUGGCUCGCUCUCUUACGCCGAGGCCGAGGCCGAGCCGGCCAGACCUCGUUGCCAGCUCGCCGCCUCCUCCCGCCACCCACCCACGGCCCCCGGUCUCUGCUACGCGCGCUCGCCGCCCCGUCGUCCUCUCCUCCUUCGCUGGUCCGCGUCGCCUCCCGGCUCCAGCCAUGCCGGCCGCCGCUUCUACCGCCUGCUAGCCGCGCCUGCCUGCGCCGCCACACUGGCGCCCCGCCUCCGCGCCGGAACCUGAACGCAGCAGGCCAGCAGCCGAUCCCCGGCUCCCCCCCUCCAGUCCUUCUGCUCUCCGAGGACCCACCAAGCCCUAAAAUUCACGUUUGGCAUCAACCGAAGUAUGGACCUUGCUCCUUUCAAGCUGGAUAUUGACGAGCUGCUAGAUGAUUAUGCCAAGGAAAAUUGCACGUCAUUCACCGAUUUCAAGAGAGUGUGGAUGGCCAAAAAGUUCUCUUACAUCUAUGAGGGCAGACCCAAGACAAACUCUGGUGUUUUCAUGCAGUCACUCUUUUUGCAUUGUAUUGGCUAUAUGACUUCCCAAAGUUCUCUAUGCCAGAGGUUGGCUGGGCUUUACUGCCUUUACUGUCUUUAUGAGUGCCAACCAUACAAGCCACACUUCAAAAUUUAUCUGUCUCUUGAGGAGUGCAAACAACUCAAAGAGUUCGUCAUGGAGGCUAAGCAGAGCGGAGUUGGUCUCGUACCAGCACUUGUCAAAAGGAUGCUAGACAAAGGCAUGUUUUUGUUUGGAUUCAUCAAUUUGCUUGGUGACCAUGGGGCCAAGCAGGUUGAUGAAUUCAAUGCAUUCCAGACUAAGCGGGUGAAAUUUGCCUGUAACAAGUUAUUUGCAAAUACUCAAAUAGGGAGAUAUACGCACACAGACUUGGGUGAGGAGCUUGAACUUGAUACCAUCAAGAAAUUGUCAAUGGACUACGCUAAAGCCAAAGAAUCAGCAUUCUCAGAGUUGAGCCAAACGGUUGAUGUGGAAGAUGCCAAGCACAUCCUUCAGAAUGACAAACUGCUGGGCGACAGGGUAGGGGAAAUCGUGAAAGAGUGGGAUGCCCAGAAGGAAGAGUUCUACCAGAAAACCGGUGUGUCUCCCGGUGAUGAACUGGCGGUGGUUGACAAUGACGAACCAGGAGAAUUCCUGAACGAAAACGAUGGCCACACUGAACUGGCGGUGAUUGACAAUGACAAAACAGGAGAAUUCUACGAUGAAGACGGGGGAUUUGAUGAGUUAGAGCAGCUUCUGCUGGAAUAAGGAGCUUGCAGUAGACCCUGAAGAAUAACUGAAGAAGUUGCUGCUCUGCUCACAUCCUUGCUCGUGCCAUUGUGUUGCGACAUGAAAUCGACUGCCAUUUGGAUGUGGGAUCUUGAAACCGUUUUGUUACCAUAACAUUGUUUUUUUUUGAGGAAACAACGGGGGGCGAUCGCCCACCUGAACUCAAUUUUCCAUUAA